GUGCCGGGCGCCCCCUCCCGCCUGGCCCGCCUCUCCACGGACUUCGGCGUGCGCCUCUUCGGCGCGCUAACGCGGCGCUCCCCGGACCGCAACGUGGCCUUCUCGCCCCACGGCGCCGCCUCGCUCCUGGCCAUGCUCCAGGCGGCGGCGGCCGGGGAGACGCGGGGCCAGCUGGAGCGAGCCAUGGGCUUCGGCCUGAGCGAGCGGGGGGUCCCGCGCGGCUUGCGGUGGCUGCAGAAGGCGCUGACCGACCGGGCCAAUGGAGACGUGGUGGAGACCGCCGCGGCCCUCUUUGUGCAGCGGGACCUGCCGCUGGUGCCCGGUUUCAUGCCCCGCUUCUACCAGACCUUCCGCCAGAUGGUCAAGCAGGUGGACUUCGCGGAGAGCCCGCGGGCCCGGCGCAUCAUCAACGGCUGGGUGGAGCAGCACACGGAAGGCAUGAUCCGGGACUUCUUGCAGGAGGGGGCCCUGGACGAGAUGACCCGGCUGGUGCUGGUCAACGCCAUCCACUUCAAGGGCCGCUGGAGGACUCCCUUCCCCGAGGCAGCCACCCGGCAGCGCCUCUUCCACAAGCUGGACGGCAGCUCUGUCUCCGUGCCCAUGAUGGAGCAGACGGGCAAAUUCUGCUAUGGCGAAUUCUCCACCCCGGAGCAAGUGGAGUAUGAUGUCCUGGAACUGCCUUAUCAGGGGGAGACCCUCAGCAUGUUCAUCGCUGCCCCUUUUGAGAACACCCCCCUGUCGGCCUUGACGGCUGCCCUCAGUGCCCAGCUGGUGGCCGAAUGGAAGAGCAGCCUGCUGUGUGCCACACGCCUCCUGGUCCUGCCCAAGUUCACCCUGGAAACGGAGUGUAACCUUCAGGCGCCUCUGCAGGCCCUGGGCAUGACGGCCAUGUUUGAUGCCCACGCAGCCGACUUCAGCAGCCUCUCAGACCAAGAGUCACUCUUUGUGGCCCAGGCUCUGCAGAAGGUGAAGAUCGAGGUGAACGAGAGCGGGACAGAGGCUGCCUCUGCCACAGCUGCUGUGGUCUAUGCCCGCAUGGCCCCGCUGGAGGUCGUGAUGGACAGGCCCUUCCUCUUCGUGGUGCGGCACAACCCGACCGGUGUUAUCCUUUUCAUGGGGCAGGUGAUGGAGCCCUGAAGCCCGCCCGGA